GUUCCUGCUGGAUGCGUCUGCAGUUGUUUGGUUUUUGUGGGGUUUUUUUGUUUGUUUAAGCGGUAGCGGACUUUUUGAACUAGGCAGUUCCACAUCCAGGAAUAAAUGUUUUCUCUAGAAACGAUAGAAAAGUAUGGAAGGAAUAUUGCAACGUUGCGAGUGAAAGAUUGGAAAUAAGCUCAUUCAUGCAACAACUAUGUAUUUAUGUCGAAGAACCACGUGUUAACUGGGCAAGGAUUCUGUCUGAAUCUUGGUUUCCUUAUCUAAAAAAUGGAAGAUUAUGACGGGGGUUGAGGAUAGUACUGAGGUUAAGGCGCUUGCCUUGCACGUAGCCGACCCGGAGCACCGCCAGGAGCACUUCCUGAGUGCAGAGCCACGAGUAAGUCCUGAGAACUGCAGGGUGUGGCCCAAACACCGAAACAAGAGAAGCUUCCCACCCAUCUGAAAUAAACCUUUUCCAUACCAGAUUCCCCUAUAAUAAACCUUUUGAGCACUGCACUCAGAUUGCCUGUGGUUGGAAACGCACUUCAUCUACCCAUUUGCAGGCAGUGUGAGUUUAGUCCGUUUACUUCAUUUGUGUGUGUGUGCUCGCUUCAUUUUCCUUAUCUGAGACAGGAAGUAAGGGAGGCGGCAGUCUCACAGCGUAACUGCUAUGGAAAUAUUCUGUAUUCUGUUAAAAUUGUCAUCUCCAUGAGGUUGAGGACUUUUUUUUGUCCAGGACUGUCCACCACUCCGAGCCCAGCACUUGAUAGGUGCUCGAUAAAUUCUUCCCGGAUCCAUGAAUGUUGGGGGUGGGAGAGCGAGGGCAGAAAGCCAGCGGAAAGCGCCGCUCUCAGCUUAGUGCUCAGCGGGGCUGGGGUCGCGAUCCCUGAGCCAGAGCCUGGGCCGUGCCGCGCCUUCCUAGCGCGGGUCUGCAGCGCCGCGAGGCGCCGAGACCCACGGGUGUCCGGGAGGCCCCUCCCGCGGCUCCUCCCGGCGGGGCGUGGGCUGCCGCCGCCCCGAGCGCUGGGCUGGGCGGGGCCGAGCGGGAUCUCUGACCCGGCCUCGGUCCACCUCAUCGCCGCGGGACGGAAGUCUCCGGAGCGCCGCCGGCCGGCCCGCCCGCCCCGGGAGCACCCGCCCGAGAGCCGCGCCGAGCCCCCCGCGGGCCGCCCGGGCCCCGGCGAGCGGCAGCGCCAUGAAGCGCGCGUGCUCGCUGCGGCUGCUCUCGGACCUGAGCAACUUCAGCGGCGCCGCCCGGCUCCGGGAGCUGCUGGCCGGGGACUCGGCCGUCCGUGUCCGCUGCAGCCCGGACGGCCGCCACCUGCUGCUGCUGCGCCCCCGGGGGGCGCCGGCUCCGCAGCUGCUGGUCGCGGUGCGCGGACCGGGUGCGGAGCUGGAGCGAGCCUGGCCCCCUGACCACCCGUCACCGCUGGACGCCUUCUUCCUGCCGUGGCCGCUGCGACCCGCGCUGGUCCUGGUCUGGGAAAGUGGCCUGGCCGAGGUGUGGAGCACGGGCCUGGGACCGGGCUGGAGGCUGCUGCAGAGCAUUGAGCUGUGCCCGGGCGGUGGAGCCCGCGUGGUGGCCUUCGCGGCGACCCGAGGCCGCCUGGUUUGGUGCGAGGAGCGUCAGGCUGAGAGUUCGGGUGCUUUCAGUCACUGCGUGUGCACCAGAACCCUGGAGCCCAGUGGGGAGGCCGGUGCUAACGUGGGCCUCACACACACCCUGCUGCACCGUUGCCCGCCUUUUGCCCUGCUGGCCACCCGGAAGGACCUCUACCUGUUGCCCACUGAUACCGCCUUGCCUGGUCUGGCUCACGUUCUGCUCAUCUGGAACCCCAGCAAGGGCAAGGUGCUGGUAGCUGCCCCGUGCCUUGGCCUCUCCCACAGUAAGAGCCUGAAUCCCAAACGAGGGGACACCUGGGACUUCCCCACCCUGCUUCGAGGCCUUCCUGGACUGCUGACCCCCAGGGAGCCAGUGGCUGUGCAUUCCUGGGCCCCCGCUGCCCAGGGCCUGCUGUUGCUUGAUAUCAGGGGCACCGUGAGCUUGGUGCAAGCCCAUGGUGGUGUCCGGGCGGUGGGUACCCUGCAGGAGGCCCCUGCAGGCCUGGCAGGGUCUGCAGCCCUGGGAACAUUUCAUGGCACGCUGGUCUGUGUGCUGGGUGCCACCAUGGAGCUGCUGGACAUGGGCAGCGGGCGGCUCCUGGAGAGGAAGGUCCUAAGCACAGACCGGGUACAUUUGCUGGACCCCCCAGCCCCUGGUGCGGAGGAUGAGGAAUUGCUGGGGAGUUGCGGGGGCCUUCGUUUGCUCUCCGCCCUGGGUCUGUUUGGAAUAAGCUGGGAAGCCCCCCGGGACCUUGCGCUUCCUGCAGCUGAAGAUCUGGUGUUUGAGGAGGCCUGCGAGUACUACCAGCGGCGGAGCCUGCGCGGUGCCCGGCUCACCCCAGAGGAACUAAGACACAACAGCACGUUCCGGGCACCUCAAGCCUUGGCCUCCAUCCUCCAGGGCCACGUGUCCCCCUCUACGCUCCUGACGAUGCUGAGAGCCGAGCUUCGGGAUUACCGGGGCCUCGAGCAGCUCAAAGCCCAGUUGAUGGCUGGAGAGGAGGAGGAGACGGGCUGGACGGAGCUGGCCGAGCAGGAAGUGGCCCGCCUGCUGAGGACCGAGUUGACGGGAGACCAGCUAGCCCAGCUGAACACAGUCUUCCAGACUUUUCCUACAGCGGCCUGGGGAGCCAUCCUCAGGGCCCUGCAGCUCCAGCCCGAUGGCAGUGGCCGGCUCAAGUCCCAAGCUCCCCCUGACAUGUGGAAGAAGGUACUAGCGGGUACAGCAGCUGGAAAGGAACCCCCAGCGGGGGUGCUGCCUCUCUUUGAACUUCUGUGCCAGUACCUCUGCCACCUGGAGCCGCAGUGGCUGCCACCCUUUGUGGAACUGGCACAGCAGCAGGGGGGGCCGGGCUGGGGGGCGGGAACCCCUGGGCUGCCGCUGUAUCGGAGAGCCCUGGCAGUCCUAGGGGAGGAGGGGGCCAGGCCUGAGGCCCUGGAACUCGAGCUGCUCUUGGGCAGCGGGCGACCCAAAGCUGUGCUCCAGGCUGUGAGGCAGCUGGUGCAGAAGGAAGAGUGGGAGCGGGCCCUGGAGGCCGGCCUGGCCCUCGGUCCCUCCAGCCCCCUGCUUCAGAGCGAGAUCUUCAAACUACUGUUGGCAGAAUUUGCCCAGCACCGACGGCUAGAUGCCCACCUGCCCCUCCUGUGCCGCCUUUGCCCAUCAGACCUGGCUCCAGCUGAGCUCCUGCUUCUACUACAGACUCACCUUCCUGAUGAGAUGCGGCCCCCGACUCCAUUCCCUGAGCCCGGGACAGACACCCCUCUCACCGUGGGCUUGCUCAGAGCCCUGCUGGAGCAGACGGGGGCGCCUGGGCGGCCUUCAAACUCAGUGCUAAGUCUAUAUGAAGACAUCCUCUGGGACCUAGGCCCUCCGCCCCCCACCCCACCUCGGGGAGGACCUAUGACGGCACUCCAGGCACCAGAACAUCCCAGCCUAGAGGCCUGGACACCAUCUGGACAAAACCUCUGUGCAACGGACACAAGCUGAAAAGCAUCACAGUGACCGGGGAAGGGUGUCCAGGAGCUGAAAAAGCCCAAGAUGGGCCCUGCAUGUGCAAUACUCUUCUGGAGCAAUUUUAAGGCAUAUAUAUGUGAUAUUAUGGCAUAAUAAAUAUAUUCGGUCUUGUCUUCAA